GCGGGGCGAAAGCCGGACUGGGCGGAGAGGCAGCUGCACGCAUGCGCGGGAGAGAACUGAGGGACGGGCGCGGCGGCCCAUCUGGCUUGAGCUAUUUGGGACAAGAUGCAGGACCCCAACGCAGAUACUGAGUGGAAUGACAUCUUACGCAAAAAGGGCAUCUUGCCCUCGAAAGAAAGUUUGAAUGAACUGGAAAAGGAGGCAGAAGAGGAAGAGCAGCGAGUCCUUCAGCAGUCAGUUGUGAAAACAUAUGAAGAUAUGACUCUGGAAGAAUUGGAGGAUAAUGAAGAUGAAUUUAACGAGGAAGAUGAACGAGCUAUUGAAAUGUACAGGCAGCAGAGACUGGCCGAGUGGAAAGCAACUAAACUGAGAAACAAAUUUGGAGAAGUUUUGGAGAUCUCAGGAAAGGAUUAUGUUCAGGAAGUUACCAAAGCUGGGAAGGGCUUGUGGGUGAUCUUGCACCUUUACAAACAAGGGAUUCCCCUCUGUGCCCUGAUAAACCAGCACUUCAGUGGACUUGCCAGGAAGUUUCCUGAUGUCAAGUUUAUCAAAGCCAUUUCAACCACCUGCAUACCCAAUUAUCCUGACAGGAAUCUGCCCACAGUAUUCGUUUACCUUGAAGGGGAUAUCAAGGCUCAGUUUAUUGGACCGCUAGUGUUUGGUGGCAUGAACCUGACGAUAGACGAGUUGGAGUGGAAAUUGUCUGAGUCUGGAGCAAUCAAGACAAACCUGGAGGAAAACCCUAGGAAACCAAUUGAAGACGCCUUGCUGUCCUCGGUGCGGAGCUCCGCCCCCUUGAGCAGGGGCAGCGAUUCGGAGGAGGACUGAGGCUGCGCGGUUACAGGCUGAACUUCUCCAUGUGACAGAUCAUCUGGAUUUUUUAAAAAGGAAAUAUCCUUUGGUUUUUAGUCUUUUAUAAUUAUGUUUCAAAUCUCAUAGAACUCAGAAAUAAUCAUUGCUGGGCAUCCUGUUGAGUUUCUUAGAACUC